UAGUAAAACGCAAUUAGAAGAUAUACUGAAACAAACAGAGAGUGUGAGUGAUUCAAGAAUGAGCAUUGCAGCGGCGAAGACCGUGUGUGUAACCGGUGCAUCGGGCUACAUCGCCUCAUGGCUCGUCAAAUUCCUGCUCCAAAAAGGCUAUACGGUCAAGGCCUCCGUUCGCGACCCCAGUGAUUCAAAGAAGACACAACACUUGCUUGCACUUGAUGGAGCCAAGGAGAGACUUCAGUUGAUGAAAGCAAACCUGCUGGAAGAAGGGUCCUUUGAUUCUGUAGUUAAUGGCUGUGAAGGUGUUUUCCAUACUGCAUCUCCUUUCUACCAUGCAGUUACAGAUCCACAGGCAGAAUUAAUUGAUCCUGCUGUGAAGGGAACACUGAAUGUUCUUAGGUCAUGUGCCAAAGCGCCCUCUGUGAAAAGGAUUGUUUUGACAUCUUCUAUAGCUGCGGUUGCAUAUAAUGGGAAGCCGCGCACACCUGAAGUGGUAGUCGAUGAGACGUGGUGGUCUUCACCAGAGGUUUGCGAACAGAUGCAGAUGUGGUAUGUUCUUUCAAAGACAUUGGCUGAGGAUGCUGCUUGGAAGUUUGUGAAAGAGAAAGGUAUCGAAAUGGUUGCCAUAAACCCGGCAAUGGUUAUUGGUCCGUUAUUGCAGCCAACACUAAACACAAGUUCUGCAGCAAUACUGAACUUGAUCAAUGGUGCAGAAACAUACCCGAAUUCUACCUUUGGAUGGAUAAAUGUCAAAGAUGUUGCUCGUGCACAUAUUUUGGCAUUUGAGAAUCCUUCAGCAAAUGGAAGAUAUUGUUUAGUGGAGAGGGUUGCACACUUGUCAGAAAUCGUCAAAAUACUACGUGAACUCUACCCUACUUACAAACUUCCUGAAAAGUGUGCGGACGACAAGCCAUUUGUGCCGUUAUACCAGGUCUCCAAAGAAAAAUCGAUAUCUCUAGGUGUCGAGUUCACUCCUCUUGAAGAAGGAAUCAAAGAAACUGUUGAAAGCUUGAAGGAGAAAAAGUUGUUUAAACCUCCAUCAGCUAUCUGAAUGCCCAUUCUCUUGAGCUGAAGGCUCAUAAGAAUAUGUUUACUGAUGCAAUAUAAAAUCUUCAAAUUCGUAAUAUGUAAUGCAAUAAUUUGAAUUUGUUGGGUUCUAUAAAUUAAUAGCGCUAUGAACAUUGAUACCCUGGAUAGUAAAGAUUGUGAGUUUUUUAUU